GCACUGCCCUGGGCGCAGAGCGCGGAUCCCCAGGUGGCCCUGCUGCCGGAUGGGAGCGCCCCAGCGUGGUGGAUGACGUCAUUCCACGCACGAUGUCAUCAUGCGUCUCUAGACAGCCCAGCAGUGACCGGGCUGCGCCCCAGGAUGGCAGCAGCGAAGGCCCAAGGCCCUGUGAGGCUCUACAGGGCCUCUCAUCCCUGAGCCUCCGCCUGGGUAUGGAGUCCUUCAUUGUGGUCACCGAGUGUGAGCAAAGUCACACCGGGGACCUUAGCCUGGCCCAGGACUGGCCCCUGAAGGCUGAUGGUCAAGAGCUUCCCCUGGACACCUCCGGGUCCCACAUCCGGCCCCACCUCUCAGGUCGCAAGCUGUCCCUGCAGGAGCGGUCCCCAGGUGUACCAGUGGCCGGCAGCAGCCCAGACACGAAUGGACGCUGCAUUUGCCCGUCCCUGCCCUACUCAUCUGUUGGGUCCCCGCAGUCAUCACCUCGAUUGCCCCGGCGGCCCACGGUGGAGUCGCACCAUGUGUCCAUCACCGGCCUGCAGGACUGCGUGCAGCUGAAUCAGUAUACACUGAAGGAUGAGAUUGGAAAGGGCUCCUACGGUGUGGUGAAGCUGGCUUACAAUGAGAACGAUAACACCUACUACGUGAGUGUGCGGCCCCACACCUCCAUCCUUGUCCUAGAGCUCCCUUCCCAUACUCGCUCCCUUUCGUGCCUGAGGUCACCCGGGAGGAAGCAGGGAGCCUGCUUCCAGCCCUCAUCAAAGGCGCUUAAUGUCCCCACUGGGGUUGCUGACUGGGAGCCCAGAGAGCCUCCUGGGGGGAACUCCUCGGUGAUCGUCUUGACCCUGGUCCCUGUGUGUCCUGCAGGCCGCCCUCCACCCCGGGGCACGCGCGCAGCUCCAGGUGGCUGCGUCCAGCCCCGGGGCCCCAUUGAGCAGGUGUACCAGGAAAUUGCCAUCCUCAAGAAGCUGGACCACCCCAAUGUGGUGAAACUGGUGGAGGUCCUAGAUGACCCCAAUGAAGACCACCUGUACAUGGUAUUCGAACUGGUUAACCAGGGGCCUGUCAUGGAGGUGCCCACCCUCAAGCCGCUCUCUGAGGACCAGGCCCGCUUCUACUUCCAGGAUCUGAUCAAAGGCAUUGAGUACCUACACUACCAGAAGAUCAUCCACCGAGACAUCAAGCCUUCCAACCUGCUUGUGGGAGAUGAUGGCCACAUCAAGAUCGCCGACUUUGGUGUCAGCAACGAGUUCAAGGGCAGUGAUGCCCUCCUGUCCAACACCGUGGGCACACCUGCCUUCAUGGCGCCCGAGUCACUCUCAGAAACCCGCAAGAUCUUCUCUGGAAAGGCUUUAGAUGUCUGGGCUAUGGGUGUGACGUUGUACUGCUUUGUCUUUGGCCAGUGCCCAUUCAUGGAUGAGCGGAUCAUGUGCUUGCACAGUAAGAUCAAGAGUCAGGCCCUGGAAUUCCCAGACCAGCCUGAUAUAGCUGAGGACUUAAAAGACCUGAUCACCCGUAUGUUGGACAAGAACCCUGAGUCAAGGAUCGUGGUGCCAGAAAUCAAGCUGCACCCCUGGGUCACGAGGCACGGGGCCGAGCCAUUACCAUCAGAGGAUGAGAACUGCACUCUGGUCGAGGUGACCGAAGAGGAAGUCGAGAAUUCGGUCAAACACAUCCCCAGCUUGGCAACUGUGAUCUUGGUGAAGACCAUGAUCCGGAAGCGCUCCUUUGGGAACCCCUUUGAAGGCAGCCGGAGGGAGGAGCGCUCACUCUCAGCCCCUGGGAACCUGCUCACCAAAAAACCACCCAGGGAGUGGGAGCCCCUGUCUGAGCCCAAGGAAGCAAAGCAGCGAAGACAGCCUGCGGGGUCCCGACCCGGCCCCCGUGGGGGAGGAGGAGGAGGAAGUGCUCUUGUGAAAGGUGGGCCCUGCGCUGAGAGCUGGGGGGCUGCGGCCACCGGCUCCCCCGCCUGCAUGCACCGGCCGCCUGAGGAGGCGAUGGAGCCGGAGUAGCCACCUGGACUGCUGACCUCGCAUGCCGGCCACGAGGCCCUGCAGCUCGGGCUGCUGCACCGUGUUUCCAUAGCAGCAUGUCCUACGGAAACCGAGCACGCGUGUAAAGCCUUGGCCGCCAUCUCUGGUUCUUUGCUUUUUUUUUUUUUUUCCUUUGUUGUCUUAAAGGAGACAAAGAAAAAGGACUUGACUCUGUGACGUCGACCUCGGCCACCCGCUGGCCGGGCUGGUGGGUGUGAGGAGCUGUGGAUCCAAACCCAUGUGCAUUCUGGGACAGUUGCUUUUUAAAACAUUUUUAUGCCAAAAACCCUUUAUCAUGAAUUCAGAACUGUGUCAGAUGAUCCAAGUGAACGUGUGUGAAGUUUAACAUACAGAGAUGAGCAGAGCGCUCUGGGGGGCCACGGAGGGCAGCCCUGCAACUGGCAGGGAAAAGAAAGCUUGGGUCACCACAGCCCUCGUGGGCCCUUUGGAGCCCAUGAGGGCCAGGCCGUGCUCACAGCUGCAGGCAGCUUGGAUGCAACUGAAUUUGCAAGGACUUAAAUUUUUUAUGGGUAGAAUGUAGUCAGGAAAACCGAAAGGGCUUGACAUUUAAUUGCUUCUCAAAGGGAAUUUUCCUACCCUAGAAAAGCACUUGGCAGCUGUGCUUGGAGGACAUCACCUGUUCACAUAGGGUUCCUGAGGUUGCUGGCCAAGCACUAGUUAGUAUAUCUCUGUUCAGUUAAAAAACAAAAACAAAAACAAAAAAAAACAACUUCAGGGUGAAAUCCUACACUUCCAUGUGCAUUACAUGGCUUAAGAGUCACCAAAAAAA